GUAUCAUCGGCUUUCGGUUCGAAUAUCCGGUCAUCAAUCCUUUUCGUCGAAAAUGUCUACAACUGCGACUCAUCGUGGACGUCAGCGUGCGACUCAACCUGCACCGGCGAAAGCUGCUGUAGAAAAACGAGUAGAAGAAAUACCGGGAUGGUUGGAGAAGAAAAGCGAUGUUGCAAAACAUCUCAUCAUGAAGUAUACACGCAAGGCUGAUCAGGAUUCUGCAGAACAAUCUAAGCUGACCGGAAGCGAAAUGGAGUUUAUAAAUGCCACCACUAUUGCAAUGUCUCCAAACAUGAAGACCCCACCUUACGAUAGCUUAAAGCUCCAAAAUGUUGAGAAUGAACUUGGUGCUCCAAGAAGUGUUGUUGCCACCAGAUCAGGAAUCAACUGGUUUCUUAUUCAUUGUGUUCUAUGUCCAAAAUUGUUAUGUACGAUGUAUUACAGAUUCACACGCAAUGGUGGAGCAUACUUCCUCAUUCCUCUAUCCUUGACAUCAGUUUUGCUAGCCGCACCUUUGUCUUUCAUGGAGCUGGCUCUUGGUCAGUACACCUCAAAGCAGGCCAUUAUCUUAUUCCCGAGAAUGAUCCCAAUCCUCUCAGGAAUCGGUUACGCUAUGCUUGCUAUGCGCAUGGUACUCAUACUGGGGUUGAGGACAGAACACAGGCUAUGUUCACUCAUAUGGGAAAUCAUUGGUAGCACCUUUUUCGAAAGGAGAAAUGUGGAAUGUCUGGCGCAGAGUUCUGACUGCUAUGUUCCAAAUGUUUGCCGCACACCAAAUAUCUUCUAUAAUGGUGCCUGUUACGAUUUGCGUUCUAUGAGGAAGGACGAUUCUCUAACUACUGAAGGGACGAUUUUACUAAAUACCCGCGAACUGUUGUAUAGAGACAUAUACUCUGAUGAAUACAAUUUACCGAUUGCAGCAGACUCCAGGGUCCUCGGGAGAUUUCCGGGUUGCCACCGAAUAGACGGUGUAAUGCUUUUCUUCACGAUUUGCUUUCUCUGUUCAGCACUUGGUAUAUCCAGAUUUUCAAAGAUUUCUUCGUUCGUAGUAAUUUGUUCAAUCUUUGCUCUUUUUGUGGGGUUCGCAUCCUUCUUUUUGUCCGGCUACGGACUAAUCAUUGACAAGUUUUUCUUCAUGUUGAAUAAUGACAUGUCUAAAUUGCUUUCAUUUGAUACGUGGCUAGAAGCUAUUUAUGUGUCCUUUUUACUUCUGAGCACCGCGGAUGGCUCUCUUCAUUCUUUGGGAUCGUUUAGUUCUUUCAGCAACGAUAUUGUUAUGAACAUCGUACACUCGUGCAUUUUCAAUGUAAUUUUUGUGAUAAUCUGCAGUAUUCUUUUCGGAAUCACGUCUUGCAUCGGACUAGAGUUUAAGUAUAGACAGGGUCGAAGAAUAGACGCACCGAACAGGGCUAUACGAAAUAUGUUCGAAAAGUACAUAGAGAAUCAAGAUUUUGCUACGCCUCUAUAUUACUUUGCUUCAUCGAGUGCAUACACAAAGGCAGCUUCAGCCGUUCUUGUUAUAGCUCUCACAUUGCUAUCCACUGCAGAACAUGUUCUUCUAGCAGAAGAUGUCCUUAUGAUGCUGUUUCAUUUUUGUCCAUCUCUUCUCAGACUAAACACUGCAAUUGCACGACACUGCAUUCUCAGCAUUCUAUUCAUAGUUCUUUCUAUCGUUUAUUAUAAUCUCACGUAUACGGUUGCUAUUGAAAAAUCUUAUAUUCCCUUGUUCAUGUCCGUUUCUAUCUUGGUCGUGUGGGAAUGUGUCUGCGUAGGAUGGUGUUAUACUUCAUAUAGGCUUCUUGUUAACAUAAGGACAAUGGGUACUUCAUCGUCACCAGUCAUAGACUAUGGACAACAUAUGAAUGUAUAUCUUCACUUUUCUUGGCGAUAUAUCAUACCUGUAAUCGUCUCGGUAACAGCUAUUCUUGGACUUACACAUCAGACAAUUUUGGCGGAGUUUUCGUGGACAUCAUUGACAACGAUAUUCAUUUGUGUAUUGCCACUAAUUUAUGCUGUCAAAGAAGUGGCAGCCGGUAGGCGCAAGAAGGCUGUCAUGGCCAGUCUAUUUCGUUCAACGGACCGAUGGGGUCCCCUGUCCAUUCAGCAUCGUAGAAUGGCAGAGUUUGAUGAGAAAGCCGCAAGGAUUACUGUAUGAUUGAAGUACUCAUUAACACUUGAAUAAUUAAUAUGAUAAUUUUGUAAAUGAUGUUUUUGGAGCGAUUUGAAAUUUGUUGU